AUGGCUUCAUUAGCAACCUCGUCGAACAUCAAAAUAGUUCCGCUAGUAUCUGAAUAUCGGCAAGCAGUUGUUAACUUAUUGAUGAGUUCUUUUUUUAUACAAGAACCUUUGAAUGCACAACUUCAGUUCGAUAUUCCACAUGAACCAUUAACAUGGAUUGACUAUCUUGUCGAUGAAUCAUUACGUACUGAAUGUUCAUUUGUAGCUAUUGAUACCACAAGUUCCUAUCCGUCUGUGAUUGGAGUUAUAUUAAAUGGAAUAUCCGAUCGAACGCGCAAAGAAAAGGAUAUCAUCGUUGAAUCGGAAAAGCUGAAUUUUAUUUUGUCACUCUUCGACAAAGUAUCCAAUGGUUCUGAUCUAUUCGAAUUAUAUAAAACUGAUCGGUUAUUUCAUUUCGAUAUAAUUAAUGUAGAUGAACAUCAACGUCGCCAGAAUAUAAGUGGACGAUUAAUCGAAACAUCGGAAGAGAAAGCUCGGCAGUUAGAUCUUAAAGCUGCAUUUGUGAUUUGCAGUAGUUUAUACUCACGAAAAGCAUUCGAACGUCGACACUAUGCUGUUAUCAACGAGAUUUUAUACGCGAUACAUGGAAACGGACGAUUAAAUGACAUGGGUGAACAUGAUCGUUGUAGUCUUUUAGCAAAACGAUUGUAA